AUGAAAAAUGAAUAUCAUUUGGUGGAGUUACUGGUUAAUGAAUAUAGAGCAGAUGUCAAUGCAAUUGCUGCUGACGGGACUCAACCCAUUCAUUUGGCUUGUUUUUAUCUACCACUAGACGAAGCACGUGACUUUAUUUUCAGAGGAGAACUAGGCAUUCAAAAAAUAAAAAUAUUGGUGAAAGCUAAUGCAAAUGUUGAUGUUGAAUUUGGGCAAGAAAUUUUUUCAAAGCAUGUCAAAAACAGAGAAUGGUGUCCCGAUUUUGGUGACAAAAUGCCACUAGCUGCAUAUGCUGUUAUUUAUGAUAAACCAUCAAUAAUUCAUCAUCUCAAAAAAGUCAACUUAGACAUUAGAAGCCUUACAAAUAAAACAUUGCUGAUAUACGCUGUUGAAAAUACGUGUUAUGAAUAUACUUCAAUUAUUAUGUCAAAUGUUGAAGAUCCUGAAUUGAUGGAUAAGUUGAUAAACCACCGCGAUAAUGAUGAUGUACCACUAACUCAUGAUUCCAUUCAUCCUAAGGAAUUUGGAAAAUUUCAAUAUGAUGAUGAUGAUAUUUCGGCGUUCGAUAAUAUAUUUAUGAACUCAACAUUUAUUUAUCUCUUAACAAGUUGGGGGGCUGACAAGUUUGCACUGAUAAACAAUAAUCCAGCAACAUUUUUGCCUAAUCUAUCAGCUUACAGAGGUUGUCCAAUGCUAUUGCAGUAUUUUUUGCCUUACUAUACUUGUAUGUCGUUACCUCGAGUUUUAUACUACGCCACGCUUCCUUUAGAUGAAGAGUCUGAGCAUUUAAUAUGUUUUGAUUCUGAAGCUUGGCGAGAUACUUUUCUACGACAAAUCAGAAGUAAUCGAGAAGGUUGUAUAGAAAUAGCCCUAAGAGAUCUGGUCUUUAGGCGUGUAUUCAGAUUGCCUGUUCCAAAAGAAGAAAUAAAAUUGAUGGAUGAAUUAAUUGCCAGCGACGAAAAUCUUAGGGAAUUUGUCGAUAAUUUUAAAAGAAAUUUCAUUGAAAAAGAAUUACAGGAAUGUUUUAUUGAAAUCGGUGAUAAUAAAAUCACAGUGUAUGAUUUAGUAAUGCAAGUUUUUGACUGUAAAAAAUUAAAAUCAUUGGCGCGAAAAGAGAAUUUACUUAAUGCCCUGGAUGCUCUGGAUAAUGCUGGACGUCAGAGUGAUGAUUUCUAUCGUUUUUAUGAAGCCUAUCAACUUCCAAUUAAAACCAGGAUAGAAAAUGCUAGGGAAAGAUUGAGAUCUCUCGAAAAUUUGAAGAAAAUUUCAUCACUUAGAGAAGCUAUACCGUUACCUUUUGAACUGAUAUUAGAUAUUGUUGAGUAUUUAAAUAACAAACAGUUGAAUAAAAGAAGAUAUAAAAUGGAUCCUGAAUUAAAUCCAACAACAGCUAACAACUCACUGAUGUAUCGAGCCAUCGAAGAAGACAACUUGGAAAAUCUUAAAUUGUUAUUAGAAAAAGGAUUUAAUGUAAACGAACCUAUAAUAACAAGUGGAGAAUUUGCUGGAUUCACAGCAUUGCAUGUUGCAUGCAUGAAAUAUAAAGAUCACUUGGUGGAGUUACUAGUUAAUAAUUAUAAAGCAGAUGUCAAUGCAAUGGCUGCUGACGGGACUCAACCCAUUCAUUUGGCUUGUUUUUAUGACCGACAACACGGUUCAGGGUACGAACCUGACGAACAAUAUAGAAUGGUGUCCCGAUUUUGGUGA